AUGGCAGACAACAAGGAGACGGCGGCCGACGUGCCCGCCACCUCCCACUCUCCCGUCACCCCGACCGAGAAGGACACCACGGUCAAUGCAGCCCCGGAGACGCACGCCCACCAUGUCGACGGACCCGUCACUCGCCCUGCCGGCUGGAUGUACAAGGGCGUCAAGCUCGGCAAGAAGGAGAUCUGGUACGCCUCGCCCAAGAUGCAGCUCUUCAUGGUCUCCAUGGUCUGCUUCCUGUGCCCGGGCAUGUACAACUCCCUCACCGGCCUCGGCGGCGGUGGCCAGCAGGACCCCCAGGUGCAGGACCACGCCAACACCGCCCUGUACUCGACCUUUGCCGUCGUCGGCUUCUUCUCCGGCACCUUUGCCAACCGCCUCGGCAUCAAGCUGACCCUCUCGCUCGGCGGGCUGGGCUACUGCAUCUACGCAGCCAGCUUCCUCUGCUACACCCACACCCAGAACGACGGCUUCGUCAUCUUCGCCGGCGCACUGCUCGGUGUCUGCGCCGGUCUCCUGUGGACCGGCCAGGGCGCCAUCAUGAUGGCUUACCCCCCUGAGACGUCCAAAGGCCGCUACAUCUCGUGGUUCUGGAUUAUCUUCAACCUGGGUGCUGUCAUCGGCUCGCUGAUCCCUCUCGGCCAGAAUAUCAACAACUCCGCCGGCACCGUCACCGACGGCACUUACGCUGCCUUCAUCGUCCUGAUGGCCGUGGGCGCCGUCUUGGCCUUGUUCCUAUGCAACGCCGACAAGGUCCAGCGUGAGGACGGCUCUCACGUCAUUCUCAUGAAGAACCCGAGCUGGUCCUCUGAGAUCAAGGGCCUCUGGGAGACCCUGUACCUCGAUCCAUGGAUCGUCCUGCUCUUCCCCAUGUUCUUCGCCAGCAACGUCUUCUACACCUACCAGACCAACGACAUGAACGGGGCGCACUUCAACACCCGCACCCGUUCCCUCAACAACCUGCUCUACUGGCUGGCGCAGAUCUUUGGCGCCGUCAUCUUCGGGCACGCGCUCGACUUCCACAAGGUCCGCCGCAGCGUCCGCGCCAAGGCAAGCUUCGUCACGCUUUUCGUGCUCACCUUCGUCAUCUGGGGAGGCGGGUACGCCUGGCAGAAGAAGCAGGUCAGCCGCGAUGUCAUCGAGGCGGUCGAUGAGAACGGGGACCCGACGUACCAGGACCGGGUGGACUGGACCGGCGGUGGUGAGAAGUACAUAGGACCCAUGUUCCUGUACAUCUUCUACGGCUUCUUCGACGCCGUGUGGCAGACAAGCAUCUACUGGUACAUGGGCGCCCUCUCGAACUCGUCUCGCAAGGCCGCCAACCUGGCCGGCUUCUACAAGGGCAUCCAGUCCGCGGGCGCAGCCAUCUUCUGGCGGCUCGACGGCCUCAAGAAGCCGUACAACACGCUCUUCGGCGCGACGUGGGGCCUCCUCGCCGCCGCGCUGCUGUUUGCGGCCCCGAUCAUCUGGACGCGCAUCAAGGACACGGUGCCGCUCGAGGAGGACCUCAAGUUCUCGGACGAGACGGUCGCGGACGUUGCGCCGACGGACGCGCUCGGCAAGAACGAGAAGACUGUCGAUGUUUAG